GUUAAUUUUCAUGUGCAGUUAGUCACCCGUAUGCUGAGGCGCUUCAGUUCUCUGUAAGAAUUUGCCUUAGAGGUCCUUAGCGACAUGAACCUCUCCGUUGCUUUUCUGCCCCUAUCUCUCCCGCUUCCACACAGCAAUCACACUAUCUCUCGCUUCCACGCCAAUGCCCCAAUACUUCACCCUCCAUCCAAACUCUCCGCCCGCCAUAAUCUCAUCACCACCCGUUCUUCCGCCGCCGACCACCCUCUCACCUUUCUCCGAAUUGCUGCUACUUCUGCCAUCCUAUUCUUGGGCUUAACGGUUGGUGUCUCCCAGGCAGCAGCUUCCACUCCUUUUCUCCAUCCUCUGCCCUCUAAGUCGCCGGAAAUUUCAGUCACUCAAGAUGGUGAUGAUGCUGAUGACAAUUCUAAAAAUGUGCAAAGACCUGAAGAGGAGGAAUUGAAUGCUGCAUUUGAAACUUGGAAGUCAAAAACUUAUGCCUUGUCUGUUCCUCUUACAAUUGUUGCUCUACGCGGUUCCAUCCCUCCUUCGUGGGUAAAGGAUUUCACACAAUCUCAAGGAAGGAGAUUAAGACUUCGGACAAAGUUCCUUGGAAGUCUUGACAACAUCUUUUCUGACUUAUCAAUAUCCUUUAACAAACGCAAUGUUGGUCCUGCAUCUGUUCUGGCUGCUGAUAUUGUUAGUAUUGGUGACUCCUGGCUUGGUUUUGCCAUUAGAAAAGCUAUAGUUGAGCCCAUAAGAGGGGUAGAAGACCAGGACUGGUUUAAAGCUUUGAGUGACAAAUGGAAGGUAUACCUACGCAGGAACUGUGAGGGGAUAAUUGAUCCAAAUGGUGAAAUAUGGGCUGCUCCAUAUCGAUGGGGCUGUUUGGUGAUAGCUUACAAGAAAAGUAAAUUUCAGAAGAAUAAAUUGGCUCCGAUUGAGGAUUGGGCAGAUCUGUGGCAGCCUAAGCUCACAGGGAGGAUUUCUAUGGUUGACUCUCCUAGAGAGGUGGUUGGUACUGUUUUGAAGUAUAUGGGAGCAUCAUACAACACAAAGAACAUUGAAUUGGAAGUUAAUGGCGGGAGAAAUGCAGUCCAAAAGAAUCUUGCAUUACUUGGAAAACAGGUCCGAUUAUUUGAUAGCACGCACUACCUGAAAGCAUUUGCAGUGGGAGAUGUAUGGGUUGCUGUUGGUUGGAGUAGUGAUGUUCUUCCUGUUGCCAAGCGCAUGUCUAAUGUUGCAGUUGUAGUCCCCAAGUCCGGAGCUAGCUUAUGGGCUGAUCUCUGGGCAAUCCCAGCCGCCUCAAGACUUGAAACAAACCAAAUUGGAGGGCGAGUCAGAGGACCAUCUCCAUUAAUCCAUCAAUGGAUAGAGUUCUGCUUGCAAGCUGCAAGAGCACUACCUUUCAAGCAGGAGGUAGUCGCUGGAGCAACUCCGUCUGCCCUUGAGAGUACAACAGUUGAAAUCCCUAAAGAGCUCACCAGAGGUAAGCCAAAAUUGGACACAAAUCUUAUAGCUGGAGUACCACCACCUGAAAUUUUGACUAGGUGUGAAUUCUUGGAGCCAUUGUCUGAUGCUACAUUGUCAGAGUACAAGUGGCUGCUUGCCGGUAUGGAGAAGCCUGGUCCUACUUUUAUCCAUAGAAUACAUCAUUACAUCUCAUCAACAAUUCAAUCUUUUGGGCUAAAACCGCAUUCAAAGGUAACAUAAAUCUGCAUAAAGCUCUUUACGUCGGCCAUUUAAGAUCAUGGAAGCAACUUCCAAAGUGCAAAGAUGAGGUUGUGAAGGUCUGAUUCAUAUUUGCUGGCACAUGGUGUAGAUACUGUAUUAUGCGGUCUUGUAAAAACACAAGUGAUCAAGUAUUUUUUUUUUUUUAUAAUGAAAAAUGUUAAUUUGAGAAUU